AAACCAGGUUGUAGCCUGCGUACCUGAUAAUAAUCCUGGAGAAGGCAUCUUUCUGGUACUUGUAAGCCUGUGUGGUUGGGCAUAGGGAACACCUGGCUGCUCACAUCUCUUGGUCUGUAUAUAGUAGUGGGGGAACUGUGAUCCACUUAGGAUGCCUCUUACACAUAGACCAAACUCCUUGCAGUGACACUGGCUUCCAAGCAUGUUCUCCUGUUUGGGCGACACUGUGGUCUGUGUAUGCUCUAUGCAUUCGCCCCAUGCGGGUUCACUUGUAUUCUUCUACUUACAGAGGCCUGCAGACAGACGUCAUCCCCUGAAAAUGUCCAAAACAAGGUGCAGGCAAAUGAGGAAGAGGAGAGGCUGAAUAGAGAACUGGAGCUAACUACCAAGGAGAGAAAUGAGCUGACAGAUCGCCUCCUUUAUGUGACAGGUGGAUCCAUGAGCAAGAGCCCGUACUUCAGGCCAAAUCCAUUUUAUGAAAACUUGAAGAUAAAGGAGAAACAGGUCAUGUCAUUACUGCACAACUUAGACACAAAGAACAUUGAACAUCGUGAGAAAUUUCAGGAGCUCAAGAAGGAGAUUAACUUCUAUCGGUAAGUACUGGUCAGAAGGGCCCAUCACUUCUGGAAUAUCCAUUGCUGCCUCUCUUUGUUCUGGACUGGAGAGCCUGCAGCUCUGGGUCCAUGUC